AUGGAGGCCCCUGCGCCGUCGCCGCCGAAGGCGGGUGAGUCGCAUGUUCCCCGCACGCAGGAGAGGCGUGAGCUGACGCUCCUUGGCUUGCUUGCGGAAAAGGCACAACUGAGCAACGGCCAGCUGAGUCCGGUGCUUCGCAACGGCGCUGCACACCCGCCACGGACGUCGCCUGUCAUCGCGAGCGGCGCUCACGACUUUUGGCGCCUCCGCUACAAUCACGCCUCCCCCGCGCACCCAGGCGAGGGGGAGGAACGAGCAACCGCCCCGUCGCCACCCCAUCCACCUGCAACAGCACCUCAAGAUCCUGCCACGUCGUCGCCGGUGCCGCGGGGCGCGGUGGGCGGGCGCCGCACCUUUAAGCGCCAUGGACUGCAGUGUUUGGGUGCCAGGUAUACUGACAACGCCAGAUUCGCAGAGGAAACCGGUGGGAUUUCAGGGGAAGCAAACAACGUUUCGACACUCGAUAUCAAAGUGGGGGGCCAAGGUUUGCCUUGUGAACGCCAACUAGUGCGUCUGCAAAACGUGGCUUCUUCUUUGGGCUCCUCCGCUAGGGGGUUGGGCGGGAGAGCAGCGACGAAUUCAGCUUCCAUGUCGCCAGGAGUGGGGCCACAAGAAGCCUCUUGCGGCAAAAUUCGCAACCCCAACUUUACUGGCACACACAGACUGCGGCGCAACUGCCCACGGCACGGAGUCGUCAGUGCUGGGGACGCGCAUGUCGCGGAGCUGCCGCGCACGGAUUCCUCGCACUACAUCCGCCCCUAUGCACUGACCUCAACCACCACGCCCGUGAGCGCAUCCGAGGCUCAGGGGGAUAAACAAAGUCGGCCAGAGCGGCGGCGGGCCACACUGGGCAUAGCUACGGAGGCGCUUGCCACUGCGCCUGAGCAAAAGAGUAGUGCCAUGCUCGCACGUACGUUGUCUGAUCUCCGUUCAAAAUCUCGUCGGAGCUGUUUGGAGUCGUCGCCUUUGGGUACGCACAAAUCCGUGCUUAAUUCAACCAAAGGUGGAAAAGGACUGGGCGUUUUCUUGCAGCAAAGUUCCUCCUCCCUGUGCGACACUCGAAUUAUAUGUGAGCAGUGGGAUGAGGCGGGCAGUAGCAGCAACAGCACGAAUAAAAAUAACGCCAACAACGCUGGCGUUUGUGAAACGCGGAGUACUGAUAGUGAUGAGGACAGCUGCUGCUCCUCCUGUUCUUGUUUCCUGGACAAUGAUCGUCGCGUGGGCGGUGACGGCGUCGUAAACGGUGCGGUGAUUGAACAACACGCUUCUGUCUAUAGUGGAGUUGGCGCUACGUACUGUGUGACGUACGACAAUUUUUUUGAUGAGAGCGACAUUCCUAUGCUCUCCAUGAACCGCUUCCGUCGUUCGUCGAGCCCCUCCGGGAAUCGGAUUUUGACCUCAGAGGCGCAACCGGAUCCUCAACUAUAG